CUACUAAAAAAACUUUUUGGCAACAAUUGCCUUAUUUUAUAUUGGAAAGGUUUUCAGUCUGUAGCCCUGUAGAGAGCUAGGAAUGGCAUUCCUAAACUUCUGUUACUGUAUAAGAACAAACUUCUGCAGAGUGUAUCUGUUAUCUGCUGUGCAGCCUGUGUUUUUCUACUUUUUCAGCUUUACUGGCUAACCCCCAUGGCUACACAGCAGCUUUUGUAUAUAAACUAUAGUAGUGCUUCUGUAACUGACACUCAAAUGUUACCAGUGCAGGGCAACAGUACAUUAUACUUUAGUUACUUUAAAACACUUUCAUUUUGGUGUUACUGUUCCUUUAAGUGUGACAUCACAAUGGAUGUUUUGUUAACUGAGAGAUUCCAGUGAGUGUGUGACAUCACAAUGCAUGUUUGGUUCAGUCAGGAGAGCAUCCAGACUUUACCAUUUACAUUUAGACUUCCGUUGGAGACAGACAGUAGAACCUUUUGGGGUUUUACUGUUAGUCUUUGGCGGUAGUUUUUUUGUAUUCAACAUGGCCAGAGGAAAACAAACCUUUUGGAAUUUUCUAUUAUUUAUUCUAUUAAUAACACUUUACAAAGGAUCAGCUACAAAAAAACAUGCUACAGAUGCAACAACUGAAACAAGCAUUGAAGAAAGCUCAGACAUAGAAAGAAUAAUCAAGGAUUUUUUGAAACAGUCUGAAGAUGUUACUGGGAAAACCACAUCUGUGCAAAGUAUAACUAAGGAUUAUGUCAAAAAAUAUGAAGAUGUUACUGGGAAAACGACACCUGUGGAAAUUUCAAACACAGAAGAUGACAGUGACACAUAUUUCGAUGAAACUGAAAAAAGCAUAAUUAAGGAAAGAAGGAUUCAAGAUGCAACUAAAGCUCCUAAAGUGGAAGACAGCACUGAGGCAAGCAAAUAUGAAGAAACAACAGAUAAACAAGAGGAGGAUGUAGAAGUAAUAACUAGUGGAGUCGAGAGACAAAUCGCUAACCAGAUGAGCUCCAUCAUGACAACUACAACGGAAGCCCCAUCAGAAAAAGAGAAAAUCCUAAUGAUGGUAGAAGACUUGGAGAGCAACAAUCAAAUGAAUCUGAUUAUCAUUUGUUCAGUCCUGGGAAGUGGAUUUUUAAUAGUGAUUGCCAUAUUGCUGUGCAUAGCAAGGUCCCUUUCAAAAUUAUCCAGAGAAAAGGACCAACUGUCUGAGGCAGAACAAGGUAAAUAAGUUUAGCAAAUAUAUAAAUAUAUUGAACAAGUAUGGAAUCUAUUAUUUUGAAUACAUAUGGGGUAUUUUUAGAAUAUAGAAUAUCAUACCUUUAAAUGACAUUUAAAAAAAAAAUGGGAUUUAAAGUUACUUCCUUAUUAUUAAAGAAUUGGUUUUAGCUC